CUGCAGAAAAAGAAAAAGAAAAAAGAAACACCGGACACGUUUUUAUAGUAUUACCUUGUCUGCGCCUCUUUCUCUUUCUCUCUCACAUAUAAAACCAGCGGGUAGCGAGACAAAGCAAGGGAAGGGGGGAAGGGAGUAGCUUUAUAUAACGCGUCCUCAAAUCUCCACCCAACUCUCUUCCUUUCCUUUCUUUUGAGAGAAAACUUCAAAGAUUUCCCAGAAACUAAAAGUUUAAUUCUUUUUUGUCUUUCCACAUUUUUCUCUCACCAUGAUCUCCCUGCACAGAAGCUGUUUUCUGAACAACACCGGCAUUUCUGGGUCGUCAGGUCCUUUCUCUUACAACUUGAAGAAGCUGCCACCAGCUUCAGUCAAAGUGACGGCUUUAGGCCCCAACAGGGACCGAAACAGCAGCGUUUUGAUUGAGAACAACCACCCAUUGAAAGAAAUAAAAAAUGACGUCACUUCUUCCGUUGCUGACGUGGAUCCCGAUUCCACCGUUGCCCGCGAAGACCUUGAGGUCUCCUACGAUGACGCUGCCACCGACGAUCAACUUGUCACCCCUUGGUCUCUCUCUGUCGCCAGCGGGUAUGCGCUGUUGCGAGAUCCUCACCAUAACAAAGGACUUGCCUUCAAUGAUAAAGAAAGAGAUGCUUAUUACUUGCGUGGUCUUCUUCCUCCAGCAGUUAUUUCCCAAGACCUUCAGGUGAAGAAAAUGAUGCAUAGCAUCCGCCAGUAUCAAGUGCCUCUGCAGAAGUACAUGGCCAUGAUGGAUUUGCAGGAGUUAAAUGAACGGCUGUUCUACAAACUUCUCAUCAACAAUGUUGAGGAGUUACUGCCAGUUGUCUAUACUCCAACUGUUGGUGAAGCUUGCCAGAAAUAUGGGAGCAUCUUCAGGCGCCCUCAGGGUCUUUUUAUCAGUUUGAAAGAAAAGGGGAAGAUCCGUGAAGUUCUGAGAAAUUGGCCUCAAAGGAAUAUUCAAGUCAUCGUUGUCACCGAUGGAGAAAGAAUUUUGGGUCUAGGGGACCUUGGCUGUCAGGGAAUGGGAAUACCUAUAGGGAAGCUUUCUUUAUACUCUGCACUAGGAGGGGUUCGUCCUUCUGCUUGCUUGCCUGUAACCAUUGAUGUGGGUACAAACAAUGAGAAAUUGUUGAAUGACGAGUUUUAUAUAGGACUUAGGCAAAGAAGAGCUACUGGGCAGGAAUAUGCCGAACUUAUGCACGAAUUCAUGACUGCAGUCAAGCAGACCUAUGGGGAGAAAGUUCUCAUUCAGUUUGAAGAUUUCGCAAACCACAAUGCAUUUGACUUGCUUGCUAAAUAUAGCACUACUCAUCUUGUUUUCAAUGAUGACAUUCAGGGAACGGCAUCCGUGGUCCUUGCAGGGCUCGUUGCUGCACUAAAAGUUGUUGGUGGAACCUUGGCCGAUCAUAGGUUCUUAUUCCUUGGUGCUGGAGAGGCUGGCACCGGCAUAGCAGAACUUAUAGCUCUCGAAAUUUCAAAACAGACAAAUAUGCCCCUCAAAGAGGCUCGCAAGAAGAUUUCACUCGUGGACUCCAAGGGUUUGAUUGUUAAAUCCCGCAUGGACUCACUUCAGCAUUUCAAAAAGCCCUGGGCUCACGAUCAUGAACCGAUCAAGAAUCUUGUCGAUGCUGUUAAUGGAAUCAAACCGACAGUGUUGAUUGGAACAUCAGGAGUAGGAAGGACAUUUACUAAAGAAGUGGUCGAGGCUAUGGCUGCCUUGAAUGAAAAACCUAUUAUAUUCUCUCUUUCUAAUCCAACUUCACAAUCUGAAUGUACUGCUGAAGAAGCUUAUACAUGGAGUCAGGGUCGAGCCAUUUUUGCCAGUGGAAGCCCGUUUGAUCCUGUAGAAUACAACGGAAGAGUUUUUGUGCCCGGGCAGGCAAAUAAUGCAUACAUCUUCCCUGGACUCGGUCUGGGUCUAAUAAUGUCGGGUGCGAUCCGUGUUCACGACGAUAUGCUUCUCGCAGCAUCGGAGGCUUUGGCUGCACAGGUGACACAGGAGAACUUCGACAAGGGACUCAUUUACCCACCAUUCAGAGAUAUCAGAAAGAUUUCAGCCCACAUUGCAGCCAAUGUCGCAGCUAAAGCAUACGAACUUGGUUUGGCUACUCGCACCCCUCGGCCCCACGAUCUCGUGAAGCAUGCUGAUAACUGCAUGUACAACCCUGCCUACCAAAGCUACCGAUGAAGAUGGUGAGAACGAGACGGCAUCUUCUUUUACCACCUUAAUAAAAAACAAAGAACCCACUUUAACCAUUCCUUGAAGUGUUAUAUUUAUUUUUUUUGGUUUCGUCAUUCUUGAAGUUUUGUUCAUCCUCCUGUAAGGUUGUGGGUGUAGUUAAAGAUCAAAUGAAGCAAAUAUAUAGCAGGUGGUUAUGGAGUUGGGAAAUGUUUAACAUUACAUGAAAUAGAAACUUGCAAAAGUGUCAACGUUGGGUUUUUUCCCCCAUU